UUUUUACAUAUAUUUUCUGGGUUUUUCUUGAAAUGUUGUCACUUGCUUUUAUAUUGUCAAUUUUCUUGAUUUUAUGCAACUCCCAUUUCAUAGUACAUGUAACUUGCUUAAAUGAUGAAGGAUAUACACUUUUGACUUUUAAACAGUCAAUUACACAAGACCCUGAAGGAUCUUUAUCCAACUGGAAUUACUCUGAUGAAAACCCUUGUUCUUGGAAUGGCAUUGCAUGUAAAGACCAAAAAGUCAUUUCUGUAAGUAUUCCUAAAAAAAAGAUUAUAGGCUAUAUAUCUCCUGUUAUUGGAUCUCUUAGUGAGCUUAGGCAUCUUAAUUUAAGGAAUAAUUUGUUUAUAGGAAGUUUGCCUGUUGAGCUUUUUAGAGCUGAAAAGCUUCAAAGUUUAGUGCUUUAUGGUAAUUCCUUAUCUGGGUCAGUCUCAAAUGAGAUUAGCAGGCUUAAUUACCUUCAAACUCUAGAUUUAUCAAGUAAUUACUUUAAUGGGUCAUUGCCCAAUUCAAUUAUUAAGUGUAGGAGGUUAAGAAGUCUUGAUUUGAGCCAAAACAACUUCACUGGUACAAUCCCAGAUGGGUUUGGGUCAAAUUUGGGGUUUCUUGAAAAGCUUGAUCUUUCGUUUAACCGGUUUAGUGGUUCGAUACCUAAAGAUUUAGGGAACUUGUCUUUGUUACAAGGGACUGUUGAUUUGUCACAUAAUAUGUUUAAUGGUUCAAUCCCACCUAGCUUAGGAAAUCUUCCUGAAAAGGUUUACAUUGAUUUAACUUAUAAUAACUUAACGGGCCCGAUUCCACAAAAUGGUGCUUUGGUUAACCGUGGGCCAACCGCCUUCAUUGGGAAUGCUGGCUUGUGUGGCCCUCCUUUGAAAAGUGUUUGUAGUCCUAAUGAUGCUAUUUCUCCGUCCUCAUAUCCUUACUUGCCUAGUAACGAUCCAUCUGAAACCAAUGAAAAGGGUCGGAAAGGGUUGAGUAAAGGUGGUGUGGUUGCAAUUAUUGUUAGUGAUGUUAUCGGGAUUUGCCUUAUUGGUUUAGUAUUAUCAUACUGUUAUUCAAGAUAUUGUUUUUGUGGGAAAAAGAAACGUGGGUAUGAGAAAGGAGCUGGUAAGGGAAGAAAUGAGUGUUUAUGUUUUAGAAAAGAUGAGUCGGAAACUUUAUCUGAGCAUGUUGAGCAAUAUGAUCUCGUGGCUUUAGAUACACAAUUAGGGUUUGAUUUAGACGAGCUUUUAAAAGCUUCGGCUUUUGUUUUGGGGAAGAGUGGAAUUGGGAUUGUUUACAAGGUUGUGCUUGAAGAUGGGGUUACUUUGGCUGUGAGAAGAUUGGGUGAAGGUGGUUCUCAAAGGUUUAAAGAGUUUCAAACCGAGGUUGAAGCAAUUGGGAAGCUUAAACAUCAGAAUAUCGUGACUUUGAGAGCUUAUUAUUGGUCUGUGGAUGAGAAGUUGCUCAUCUAUGAUUAUGUCCCAAAUGGCAAUCUUGGUACUGCAAUUCAUGGGAAGCCUGGAGUACCAUCUUUUGUGCCACUUUCUUGGCCCAUGCGUUUGAAAAUAAUGAGAGGAACUGUAAAAGGUCUAGUCUAUCUACAUGAAUUCAGUCCCAAAAAGUACGUCCAUGGUGACCUAAAACCAUCAAACAUCUUGCUUGAUCACAACAUGGAAGCCCAAAUCGCUGAUUUUGGCCUAGGCCGUCUAGCUAACAUAGCAGGAGGUGGCACACCUGUAAUCCAAUCUACCCGAGUGGUCUCAGAAGUUGCAGCUGCUAACACAACCCCCACAUCAGCUUCAUUUUCAAAUACUCAUGCAUCUUACUAUCAAGCACCCGAAGCUUUCAAAGUAGUGAAGCCGUCGCAAAAAUGGGAUGUUUACUCUUUUGGUGUUGUUUUACUUGAGAUGAUCACUGGCAAAACACCCAUUGUUCAAGUGGGUCCGGAGGAAAUGGAUCUUGUGCAUUGGAUUCAGCUUUGUAUUGAAGAAAAGAAACCACUUGCAGAUGUUUUAGACCCAGGGCUAGCACAAGACGUGGAUAAAGAAGAAGAGAUUAUCGCAGUUUUGAAGAUCGCAAUGGCUUGCACUCAAAGCAGCCCAGAAAGAAGACCCUCAAUGAGACAUGUUGCUGAUCUUUUGGACAGAGUGAGUCAAGAUUGAAAGAAGUGUUGAUUUUGUGUUUGAAGUGGUAAGAAUCAAAGUAUUGUGUUGGUUUUGACAUAUUUGCAAAGUGGAAGGGUGUGUGAUGUAAAUCUGGUGAGAGAUGGAGAUAUUAUUAAUUUAUUUUUAUUUUAUUUGUUUUUUGUUC